AGAAAAAAAACCUGAAGAGAGAGAACAAAGAAAUCAGAGUCUAUUUAAAGAGAAGUCGCCUCCCGGUCCUGCAGCCGUGUGACUCCCGGCGCUGCGCCCUGCACACACGCUCCUGCACACACACACACACACACACGCUCCUGCACACACACACGCUCCUGCACACACACACACACACACACACACACACGCUCCUGCACACACGCUCCUGCACACACACACUCCUGCCUCGCUGCCCCGUGCACCACCACCACGGCUCCGGUCCCGACGGACGGCGGCGGCCAGGAUGCGGACUUCGUCUUCCUCCUCUCUGCUCGUGUGCUGCUGCGUCCUGGCGCUGCAGUGCCUCCCGAGGAGCGCGGUGUGUCACCCGGCGCGGGGACCCGGCCGCUACGCCAAAGGGGCACCGGUCUCUGAGAAGUUCCCCGACCUGAAGAAGAGGGGAAAAGUUCCUCACGCUCAGGACUCGGUGAAGGAGGCGAGUCAGCCGAACAACACCAACUCCAACAUGUGGAACCGACCUCGCUGCGGCGUGCCGGACUACCCAGCCCAAAAGGGGGUACACCACCAUGGACAACACCGCCAGCGGCGCUUCGUCCUCUACGGGGGACGCUUGGACAAGACAGACCUCACCUACAGGAUCGUCCGGUUCCCGUGGCAGAUGGGCGAGGACAAGGUCCGACGCGUCUUCCAGGAAGCGCUGCAGAUCUGGAGCGACGUCACGCCGCUCACCUUCACCGAGGUCCACAGCGGGAAGGCCGACAUCCGCAUCGACUUCACCAGGUACUGGCACGGAGACAGCCUCCCGUUCGACGGCCCAGGCGGGAUCCUCGCUCACGCCUUCUUCCCCAGAACUCACCGACAGGGCGACGUUCACUUCGACUACGACGAGUCGUGGACGCUCGGAAACCACAUGGGUACUGACCUCCUCCAGGUCGCGGCCCACGAGUUCGGCCACGUCCUGGGCCUGCAGCACUCCCGCGAGCCGGGCGCCAUCAUGUCCGCUUACUACACCUUCUCCUACCCGCUGAGGCUGAGCGAGGACGACAAGCGAGGCAUCCAGUUCCUGUACGGAGCUCAUCCGCAGGUCCUGCCCUCGCCGCCGCCACCGCCGCCGCCUCCGCCGCCGCCGUCCCACCCCGAGACCAACGAGAUCCCCACGAACCCCGACGCCUGCCAGACGGACUUUGAUGCCGUGUCCAUGAUCCGCGGCGAGCUGUUCUUCUUCAAGUCGGGGUACGUGUGGCGGAUCAGGGACGGCCAUCUGGAGAGCGGCUACCCGGCGCUGGCGUCCCGUCACUGGAGGGGGAUUCCCGACAACAUCGACGCCGCCUUUGAAGACAAGUCGGGGAAUAUCUGGUUCUUUCAAGGCGACAGCUACUGGGUGUUCGAUGCCGAGAUGCAGGUCCGCGGGCCCGAGUCCAUCGGCAGUCUGGGCCUGUCGCUGUCCGGGGUCCAGGCGGCGCUGCGCUGGGGCCACGACUCCAACUACAACACCUACUUCUUCAAGUCGGGCAGCUACUGGAGGUUCAGCCCCCGCGAGCGGCGGGUGGAGUCGGCGUACCCGCGCAGCAUGCAGGACUGGAGCGGCAUCCCCGACGACGUGGACGCCGCCUUCAGGGACAUCUACGGCUACGCCCACUUCAUCCGCGGACGUCAGUACUGGAAGUUCGACCCGGUGGGCAUGAACUCUCUGGAGGGAUACCCUCGCUACAUCGGCAUGGACUUUUUCGGCUGUAGAAACGUGUGAGUCUUCUCGCGGAGAAUCAGAUGAACAGAUUCCAUUUUUUUCUUUCUUGUUGUUGACAAAUGAAGAGGAGUUUUUUUUUUUGGGAACAAAGACGUUUGUAUGCUCGGAUUCGAGGAGGAGGAGACGAGGACGAGACGACGUCCUUCAACAGAAAUUCUGUUUAUGCUUUACUACGUUUUUUUAUUGAUACUCAGAUCAACUCAGGAAAAACCCAGCGAUGUUUCCUCCGACGUGGCGACUCUCCCGUGCAGCUAUACUCAUAUUUAUUUUUGCACAGUUUGUCACGAGAUCUGCGUGGACGAGGCCGACGUGAGCGGCUCUCGCCUCUUCUCUUUUGAGGCCCGAGGUCGGGAGUUCUCUUGGUUCUCAAGACGGCACCGGUGCAGACGCUCUUCACUUCCUGUGUGCCGGGUGUUUUCUAUUCCAGAUGUUUCUGUUUCUUUUAAAUCUCGGCUGGACGCUGCUGAUCCUCCGGCGUUUUGAAGAGCGAACACGAGCCGCGGAGAGUUCACUCAAAUGUUCUAAUGCUGUAACUUUAGACGCACAUAUGAACCAUGUUGCUCUUUUCAUCGUGUGACCACACAUGCAACUGAUUUUCCCUCACGCCGACCGUGAACCAGAGUUUUGCAUCACACAAAAUAAAUUACAUAUUUUUUUCUGUGACACAGUCGUAAACUUUGAUGGAGCUCGAUGGACGUUCUAAAGGACUCUGGGCUUUUCUUGCCCUGAAGUCGAGUCUGUCAGGCCGCCGCCUGUAGGGAAGUCGAUCUGAACCACAUUUACAGAAAACCUGCAAAAAAUAAAAGUACAAAUUAAUGUUUGGUGCGCUCACAUAAAUGUUCAACAGUCACAGAAGAAGAGGGAACAGGAAGAUGAGGAAGCUAAAGUCUCGUCAUCGCUCCACGCAGGUUUUUAAAUUUCACGCGUCAGUUUCUCGACCAGGCGUAUGAAAAAGGUUUUCACCAAUCUACUUUUCUUCAUUGACAAAACAAAAGAUUAUUUUUUCAAAGUCAGUUUCCACGUGGGAAGAAAAAAGAGAAACGUAACUGUGUCACUGUGUCUUGACGUCGCUCCUCCGACACGAGGUCACGGUCGAGUCGCCGUCACGCGUCCGUCUGCAGGAACCAGCUCCAGGGCGCCAUCUAGAGGCCGACACGUCACCCUGCAGGAGGAGACGACCUCAUGUCUCUCUCUCUCUCUCUCUCUCUGUCUUUGCUUUUCUAAAUAAAACAUGGUGCUGCGUUCAGGGACGAUCGGUGUAACGUUCAGGGACGAUGUUCGCUCACAGACAGACUGUCACUUCGAUAAAGUAACUUUUACAAGUAUUACUCCAGUUUCUUCUACUUUUAUACUUCUAAUCUACUACGUUUCGGAGACGAGAUAUUUUUGGGCUGCAACUUUAACAGAUUAAUUAAUCUGCCAGGUAUAUUAUUAUUUUUGAUGAUUCGUUCUUUUAAAUGGUAGAAAAUGGCAAAAGAAAUGCUUGUUUGUAAUUUCGACCUUGUUUUGUCUAAUGAGAAUCCAAAGAUUCUCAGUUCACUGUCACGUGUUGGAACAUUUGGAAACUAUAAAUAUUAAAUAUUUUUGCAUUUUUGCUUAAAUAAAAAAAAAGAUAUAUAUUAAAUAAAUAAUAAAUAUUUUUGCAGCUCAAAAAUCUUCUACUUUUUUUUUCUCUCAAACUUUCAUUUGACAGGUAUAAUCAUUUCUAAAAUUAGACAUAGACAUAAAAACAUGAUUUAAAGAUACAAUACAUUAUUAAGAAUGAACGCCGUCCCAAACAGUUACUCAUUUUAUAUAAACUAUAAACUAAACUAUAGUUAGUUCACAACAAAUAUAUAAACAUACCUGGAUCUUUCCAGGAUUCAUCACUGUAAACAAUUUACUUUCAUGUUUCUAGUUAUUGAGUUCAGUAUUUAGAAGUAAUAUUUGGCUUGUGAACUCUUACACAUAAACUUUCACAUGAUUUCAUUUAAAAAAGACCAAAGACUAAAACAUUUGAAAUAAAAAUAUAAAACUAAUAUCAUUUUGUCUCACGAACACAGUAACUCUAUUGUAAAGUAGUUGAAACGAGCUCCACAUCCAGGAGCUUCAGCAGGAAACAGCUUCUGAUCCAUCGACAAUUUGAUCAUUUUAAAAUAUGAUGAUGAUAAACUAUGUAGAAAAUUCAAGACUUUCACAUGUAGUUCAAUAUUUUCACCUUAUUGUUUCAGGACUUUUACUCACGUGAAGUAUCUGAAGUCAAAUGACCUCACGGCCGUCGCGACCUCUUUGUGGGGUCGUGACCCGCAGGUUGAGAACCGCUGUUUCUUCCUCUUCCUCUUCCUCUUCCUCUUCCUCGUUGGUUUGUUCAGUGCAGGACACUGACGAGUCAUUUCACUUUCACUUGUUUUAGAUGAUGUUGUUGUUUCUGUAGUUGUUGUUUUUAUUGUUUGAAUCAUUUUCUACAAACUCAUUUCAAGUGUUAAUCGGUGCAAAAAAAUAUUUAUACGCAAUCGACUCAGCAAAGGUUUUUUUUUCUUGUACAUACGUGUCUUUGAUUAUUAUUUUUUUUCUUACUCAUUUGUAGCCUUGAGCUUGUACAUUGAAAUAUAUGAACUGCAUAUUGUUUCUUUCUAAUAAAACAUAAUCUUUGUACCAAACUCUGCAGCAUGUGGUGAGAGACCGAAACCCAGUCGCCUCAA